CUAAUGGUCAAUGCAAGAAUUGGAGUUCCUAUCCACGGACGUCAUCACGUUAGUAUUCUGUUGACGUGGCGUAGCUAAACAAACGAACGCCAGUAAACCGGGGGAAGAAUGGAUGUGGCUUAGGUCGUCGACGGAAAAGUGCUCAUGUUUUCAGUGAAAAAUGACUGGGAGAAGCCAGCACUAUGGUUUCCAUUCAGCCACGACGAUGCAGCCUGCCAAUGGAGGACAUGCCUACCUAUUUGGGAACAGCGCUGAGAACGAUCUUGCUGAGGAGGAUGGAGAGAGCUACGAGCUGCGCACCCGAGGCCGGGACCGGAGGAGCACCUCCAGGGAGAAGUCAGACGACAUUGUCCACCUGGUCCGAGACAUUAAAGAAGGGGACACUCUGAAUAGCUUCUCCCUGCAGUACCACUGCUCAGUAGCAGACAUCAAGAGGGCCAACAACCUGUUGACAGAGCAGGACUUCUUUGCGCUGAGAUCCAUCAAGAUCCCUGUGAAACGUUUCAGCGUGCUGACAGAGACCCACAACACUGCUCCUCUCAAAUCUGCUUCCCACACAGGCCACCGACGCAUCCACCAGCCCCCCAUCUCCACAGAGACUUGCACAGACUCCUCCUCCUCGUCCACAGACAGUGUGGGCAGCUUCCUGCAGGAGAAGGACAAGGACAUUGAGCUGCUGGUCAAGUCCACUGGCACCUCCAGAAGCAGCCUGAACGAGGUGGUCUCUUCCCUGACCCUCCAGCAGCCCUUAUUACUGGGGGAGCCUGACUUCAAGCCUAUCCUCAGGAAGGACCCCUACCAUGGGGCAGACUGGGGCAUGAGGUGGUGGAUGGCGGUGGCCAUCAUGGUGGUGGUUGGCAUCGUCACACCAGUGUUCUACCUGCUCUAUUACGAGGUGCUGAUGAAGGUGGACGUGAGCCAUCACACCACCACGCCAUUGGCCAAUCCGAAUGGCAUGCAGAAUGCCCAGAUGCCUGAGCCUGUGGCAAUCAAUGGAGGGCCCAACUCAAGAGCUCACGCUGGAAACAUACCUAAACCAGAUUCACAUGGACACAAUGAUGUGGAUGACCACCUUGGCCCCAAGAAAGAGAAAACGUAGUGAGGGUGAGUCACACUUAAGGAGUGGGAGAUAUUUGAGCAGUUCUACAUGGUACAAUUUCUCUGAGAGUAACUUUAUGGGGAACAGAAUCCAUUGGAAAAUUAUGGAGGGGAAUAAUUUGUGGACAUACAGUAUGUAUGUUUUUUAAAAGUUUUUAAAGCACUUUUUUUUUGUUGCACAGAGGUACCCAACUGCUUACUGUCCCCUUUGUCAGCUGUUGGAACUGUUUCUGUAAUGCUGUCUAAAGGGUUUGUGCUAUCUGGGAUCCUUGGGAUGUCCCUACCCCUUAACCUCUGCGUUACCAUAUGAGGUUAACUUAAAUGGGUUGUCAGUUGGACAUCCCAAUGACCCUGUCUAAAGUGAGGGUUAUUUUCCUGGUCAAAAGUUUGCUGCCACUUAUCAAUGACAGUAAUUUGAGGAAUAUUGGUCUUAUACUUUCAGUAUUGUCUAAAAUGUGUUACAAAUCUUGAACAUUGCUUGUAUAUUUUUUUUGCCCGUCUAGGGAGAACUGCAUUUUGACUCACAAAAACUAUAUUUCUACUUAGGGCAUGGUGACAAAACAGGAAAUGCACAAUAUUCCCAAACACUAGCUAGCUAUAUUCUAGUGAAAUGUUAUUUUAGUUCCUUUUCCUCAUGUCCAUUUCAUAAAAUCAUGUAACAAACAGUAUGUGCCUUCAACUUGUGGGACACUACAAAAAACUGAAAUUAGUAUAUUUUGAAUAAAUUAUUGAUGCUCA